CGCGCACCUUCCUAAGCCCGCCUUGCUUGCCCCUCGGGCUCCGGAGGCUGAGGGGGAAUCGGUCUCAGGCCUGUCGAGGAAGACCAUUGGUGCUGUGGUGGAUUCAGAUUCUAAGUCUUGUGUAUGGCGUGGUUACGGCUGCAGCCUCUCACCUCUGCCUUCCUCCAUUUUGGGCUGGUUACUUUUGUGCUCUUCCUGAAUGGUCUUCGAGCAGAGGCUGGUGACUCGGGGGAUGUGCCCAGUGCAGCGCAGAACAAUGAGUCCUGUUCAGGGUCAUCGGACUGCAAAGAGGGUGUCAUCCUACCAAUUUGGUAUCCAGAGAAUCCUUCCCUUGGGGACAAGAUUGCCAGGGUCAUUGUCUAUUUUGUGGCACUGAUAUACAUGUUUCUUGGGGUAUCUAUCAUUGCCGACCGAUUCAUGGCAUCUAUUGAGGUCAUUACCUCCCAAGAGAGGGAAGUGACAAUCAAAAAGCCCAAUGGAGAGACCAGCACAACUACAAUUCGGGUCUGGAAUGAAACUGUCUCCAAUCUGACCCUGAUGGCCCUGGGCUCUUCUGCUCCAGAGAUUCUCUUGUCCUUAAUUGAGGUAUGUGGUCAUGGGUUCAUUGCUGGUGAUCUGGGACCAUCUACCAUUGUUGGCAGUGCAGCCUUCAACAUGUUCAUCAUCAUUGGCAUCUGCAUCUAUGUGAUCCCAGAUGGUGAAACUCGAAAAAUCAAGCACCUGCGAGUCUUCUUCGUCACUGCUGCUUGGAGCAUCUUUGCCUAUAUCUGGCUCUAUAUGAUCCUGGCAGUCUUCUCUCCCGGUGUGGUCCAGGUUUGGGAAGGCCUCCUCACUCUCUUCUUCUUCCCAGUGUGUGUCCUGCUGGCUUGGGCGGCAGAUAAACGACUGCUUUUCUACAAAUACAUGCACAAAAAAUACCGCACAGAUAAACACCGAGGAAUUAUCAUUGAGACAGAGGGUGACCACCCUAAGGGCAUUGAGAUGGAUGGGAAGAUGAUGAAUUCUCACUUCCUAGAUGGGAACCUGGUACCCUUGGAAGGGAAGGAGGUAGAUGAAUCUCGAAGGGAGAUGAUCCGGAUUCUUAAGGAUCUGAAACAAAAACACCCAGAGAAGGACUUAGAUCAGCUGGUGGAGAUGGCCAAUUACUAUGCUCUUUCCCACCAACAGAAAAGCCGUGCAUUCUAUCGUAUCCAAGCCACCCGGAUGAUGACUGGGGCAGGCAAUAUACUUAAGAAGCAUGCAGCGGAGCAAGCCAAGAAGACCUCCAGCAUGAGUGAGGUGCACACUGAUGAACCCGAGGACUUUGCCUCCAAGGUCUUCUUUGACCCGUGUUCUUACCAGUGCCUGGAGAACUGUGGAGCUGUCCUCCUGACAGUGGUGAGGAAGGGAGGAGACAUGUCUAAGACCAUGUAUGUGGACUACAAAACAGAGGAUGGCUCUGCCAAUGCAGGGGCAGAUUAUGAGUUCACAGAGGGCACUGUGGUUCUGAAACCAGGAGAGACCCAGAAGGAGUUCUCUGUGGGCAUCAUUGAUGAUGACAUUUUUGAAGAGGAUGAACACUUCUUUGUGAGGCUGAGCAAUGUCCGUGUAGAAGAAGAGCAGCCAGAAGAGGGGAUGCCCCCAGCAAUACUCAACAGCCUUCCCUUGCCAAAAGCAGUCCUGGCCUCCCCUUGUGUGGCCACUGUAACCAUUUUAGAUGAUGACCAUGCAGGAAUUUUCACUUUUGAAUGUGAUACCGUUCAUGUCAGUGAGAGUAUUGGUGUUAUGGAAGUCAAGGUUCUGAGGACAUCGGGUGCCCGGGGCACAGUCAUCGUCCCUUUUAGGACAGUAGAAGGGACAGCCAAGGGUGGUGGUGAGGACUUUGAAGAUACAUAUGGGGAACUGGAGUUCAAGAAUGAUGAAACAGUGAAAACCAUAAGGGUUAAAAUAGUAGAUGAGGAGGAAUACGAAAGGCAAGAGAAUUUCUUCAUUGCCCUUGGUGAACCGAAAUGGAUGGAACGUGGGAUAUCAGUGCUCCUGUUAUCUCCAGAGGUGACAGACAGGAAGCUGACUGUGGAGGAAGAGGAGGCCAAGAGAAUAGCAGAGAUGGGAAAGCCAGUAUUGGGUGAACACCCCAAACUUGAGGUCAUCAUUGAAGAGUCCUAUGAGUUCAAGAGUACAGUGGAUAAGCUGAUCAGGAAGACAAACCUGGCAUUGGUUGUGGGGACCCAUUCCUGGAGGGACCAGUUCAUGGAAGCCAUCACUGUUAGUGCAGCAGGGGAUGAGGAUGAGGAUGAAUCUGGAGAGGAGAGGCUGCCAUCCUGCUUUGACUAUGUUAUGCACUUCCUGACAGUCUUCUGGAAGGUGCUUUUUGCCUGUGUGCCCCCGACAGAGUACUGCCAUGGCUGGGCCUGCUUCGUGGUCUCCAUCCUCAUCAUUGGCAUGCUCACCGCCAUCAUUGGAGACCUAGCCUCUCACUUCGGCUGCACUAUCGGUCUCAAGGAUUCAGUCACAGCUGUUGUGUUCGUGGCAUUCGGCACUUCUGUGCCAGACACGUUUGCCAGCAAAGCUGCUGCCCUGCAGGAUGUGUAUGCAGAUGCCUCCAUUGGCAAUGUCACCGGCAGUAAUGCUGUCAAUGUCUUCCUGGGUAUUGGCUUGGCCUGGUCCGUGGCCGCCAUCUACUGGGCCAUGCAGGGACAAGAGUUCCAUGUGUCGGCUGGCACUCUAGCCUUCUCUGUCACUCUUUUCACCAUCUUUGCAUUUGUCUGCCUCAGCGUGCUCUUGUACCGUCGGCGGCCCCACCUGGGUGGGGAGCUCGGAGGUCCUCGUGGCUGCAAGCUAGCCACAACGUGGCUCUUUGUGAGCCUGUGGCUCCUCUACAUACUAUUUGCCACACUGGAGGCCUACUGCUACAUCAAGGGGUUCUGAACCGCCAGAACAUGACCUCCACAGGGCAGGCCUAGGACUUCUCCUAAGAGAAGGGCACUUUUCCUCGCCAACCUUUCCAGGUUGGGCAGCCCUGGAGAGGAUGCAUCAGGACCCGAGCCCCAGGAACUUCACCUGACCUAGGCCCUGGCACUACACAGAAAGCAAACCUACCCGAUCCAAUGGAAUGACGGAGACACCCACUGUCCAGAAUAUUUCAUUAAAAACAAAACAACAGCAACAAACCCACCUCUACCCCAUCCUCCCAUUCACAUCCCUGAGCUUCUUCUUCUCUUCCACCACAUCAAUAUUCCUUUUGACUCUAGCUCCCCCCCAAGGGGCAGGACUUCCCCUGUCUCCAGGAAGAUGCAUCGAGACUCUCAUUCAGCUGUUGGGGUGUGAGAAUAGGCCAUCUCUGCAUGGCUGGUAUGGGGUGCUCCUUUCAUCGCAUUGUCGUUGUGGUCGGUUUCAUUUGCCUCCCAGGUUUCACUUCCUGUCUUAUCUUUUCUUUCUGAAGUUAGUGACAAAGGGCCCUGAGGGAACUCCAUGUCUGAGCAACAGGCGGAGGCAUGGACUUGCUGGCACACACCCUCCUGCUGUCACAAGGCUGCUGCUGUCCCUUGACUCCAACUCAGGGUGCAGGAGGAGUUUCAUCUGCUUGCAUUGCCAUCAAACCCAAGUCACAGAGGGAUCACCCUCUUCUUGGUGGAAGCCAUUCUACUUCUCUGUGCUGUGUGUCAGCCCCUGUGUGUGUGCCCUCCCACAGACAGAGACUUUGGAGCAGGAAAAAAAAAAAAGUUCCAUGUUGACCAAGGGCAUCGGGAGAAACAAAUGGGAAACACCUCUCCAACGUUUGGGGGUUUGUGCCUAAGGUGGGAGAGAAGGAGGUGUUUGACUUGGGAGGUCUCUCAGGGAGUGGAUCAUAGUUUAGGAGUCAGUGUUUCUGGGGAAUGUCAGUGCCAUCACCCCUCCCUCUCGAAUGCACCGUACUCAGAAGGCUGAGAAGGUUUCUUGACGUGAUGUGGGAAUUAAGAGAUUUGUCAGAGAACAGGGGCCUCUUUCCUCCCCCGGCCUUCAAGCCCACUUUUGAAAGCAUGUUCACAAGGUAGGAACUGGAAUCUCUCAUCUCCCCAUGUUCCUGCUUGUUUUUAAACCUCAAAAGUCUCUCUCUUCCCAGCCUGGGGGGGGGGGAAUUUGUUAUACCCCACCCCCAAGGAAUCCAAGUCAUCACAUUCCUAAGGAGCCCUGGCUUCUAGAAAGCAAAAACUGACACACUGACACCCCCACCUCCCAGACCUUUUCCCAGUGUAUUUUGAAAAGACUUGGGUUUAACACAAACACACAUACACACACACAUACCACAUACACACACACCAUACAAAACUGCCCACGGGUCUUGAGGCUUUCUGCAUUGACAUAAAUACAUUUUCUAAGAAAGAAAAACGAAAUUAAAACAACACCUGUUUAAUUUUAAACACAUUUUUUUAAGAAAAAAAAUAAAAAAAUAAAACAGUGCUCGUGUCCUAAGCUAUGUUGACAGUUGCCAGUGGAAAUGUUGGGUUGGUUCAAAAAAAAUUAAAAUUAAAAUAAAAGGUCUACCUAUAUGUC